AUUUUCCUGCAAGCUGAUGAGAGAAGUAAAGGGUUUCUGGACAGUUAUGACUUGAAAGUUGCCAUGAUGAUGAUGUUUGGACUCAAGAUAUCACAACAGGAAGCAGUAGAGUUGCUGACACACUAUGGAAGCCAGCAUCCAUCUGGUGUUUGGGGUAUGAGUCCAUCUCAGUUCCAGAAGGCAGUCACAGAACAGCCCACAGUUGAUCAAGAUGAACAGAUCAGAAAUGCUUUCAUGCUGUUUGAUAAAUGUUGUCGAGGAUUCCUGACUCUAGAGGAUGUUAGGUCAGCAUUUCACCAGGUUUGUCCACAUUUGGCUGAUCACAGAAUAGAAAUGGCUUUCAGAGAACUGGAUAGUGAUAAGGAUGGGAGAGUCAGCUACACAGACUUUGACAUGAUGAUGAAAGUUGACCACUUGUCAUAA